AUGCCACAGCAAGCCGAGGAUGGAAGCUCCAGGAACAGCUCAUCUGAAGCCAUUGCAUUGGAAAGCCAUGCUAGCAACCCCAAGUGUGGCACUGCUGAUCUUAUAUCCAAACUCCCAUCAAGAGAGGGGUGGUCGGAGCUGAUUGUGCUCUACAAGAACUACUGGCUCCAUCCCUACUUCGUGGAGAGCGUACUGCGCCUCCAAAAUAGCUUCAAACCUCGCCACGAUGACAUCAUCCUCACUAGCAACCCCAAGUGCGGCACCACAUGGCUGAAGGCCCUCGCCUUCGCAGUCACCAACCGCUUCCAGUAUGAUUUUGACAACCACCCUCUUCUCUUCCGCCAUCCCCAGGAGGUGGUGCCAUUCAUAGAGAUCCCUCGAAAUAUGGACUUCACAUACCUAGAGACGCUACCAUCCCCAAGGCUUCUCGCCACCCAUUUGCCCCUUUCGUUGUUUCCAAAGUCCAUAACUAGUGGUUGUGGUUGUCGGGUUGUGUACAUCUGUCGAGACCCUAAGGAUGCAUUCGUGUCUCGGUGGUGCUAUGAUAAUAAGGUUCAUAGACGACAUAGUGUUGAUUUGAAAACAGCUUUCAACAUGUUCUCCGAAGGUUUCUCUGGCUAUGGGCCUUUUUGGGAUCAUUGUCUUGAGUACUGGAGAGAGAGCAUUGCGAUGCCCGAUAGGGUACUCUUCUUAAAGUAUGAAGAAAUGCUGUCAGAUCCUGUGAAAUAUGUCAUGAAGAUCGCAGCAUUCAUUGGUGUCCCAUUUUGUACCAAGGAAGAAGAGGACGGGGUACCUGAGGAAAUGGUUAGGUUGUGCAACUUUGAGAAGCUUAGUAGCCUGUAUAUCAACAAAACAGGAGAGUACUUUAGACACGGCAACAUGGUUAUUGAGAAUUCAGCAUACUUUAGGAAAGGAAAGGUAGGUGAUUGGCAGAAUCACAUGAGCGAAGAGAUGGGGAGGAAGUUAGAUCGCAUUGUGAAAGAAAAACUUAAAGGAUCUGCUUUUUGUAGAUGA